AUGUCUAUUUUAGCUAUUUCUGAAAUUCCGGAUCUUACACAGCCGUCAUAUGCUCAAAAUGCAGCAGCAUUGGAAGAGAAGACGUUUAAUGAUGAUAUCGCUGUUGAUAUUCCAGAUGAUGAUGAGAUUUCGUGGAGGAAACUCUGGGCAUUCACUGGUCCCGGAUUUUUGAUGAGCAUUGCUUACUUGGAUCCUGGAAACAUUGAAAGUGACCUGCAAGCUGGCGCUCAAGCUGAGUACCGGCUUCUUUGGGUACUUUUGGUUUCCCAUAUAAUUGGAAUGCUACUUCAGAGAAUGUCAGCUAGAUUGGGAGUAGUGAGUAACAGGCAUAUGGCAGAGAUUGCUCAUGACUACUACCCUUUGAUUCCAAGAAUUGUUUUGUGGUUGAUGAUUGAGGUUGCAAUUGUGUGCAGUGAUAUGCAAGAAGUGAUCGGAACAGCAAUCGCGAUAUAUCUUUUGUCAAAAGGAAAGAUACCACUACUUUUCGGAGUACUCAUUACAAUUCUGGAUACAUUCACAUUUUUAUUCAUAGACAGAUAUGGUGUUCGAAAACUGGAGUUUUUAUUUGUUGCCUUGAUUUCUAUAAUGGUUGUCACAUUUGGUUAUGAAUUUAUUGUGAUGAAACCAGAUCUCGUCGAAGUUGUGAAAGGGACAGUGAUUCCGUGGUGCAGUGGUUGUGGACAACAAGAGAUCAUAACAGGAAUUUCCAUUUUUGGCGCCGUGAUAAUGCCUCACAAUUUUUAUUUGCACUCAGCUUUAGUGAAAUCACGAAAAAUCGAUCGUACCAACCCGAAACGAAUUGCCGAGGCGAACAAAUAUUUUUCAAUUGAAUCUGCGAUUGCGCUGUUCGUCAGUUUUUUUAUAAAUCUGUUUGUUCUCUCGGUUUUUGCGCGUGGACUCUAUCAAAAAACAAAUGAAGAUGUGAGUUUGAUGUGCCGGACGCACAAUGAUAUUCCGGAUUCCAACAUUUUUCAAAACAACACAGGAGUCGAUCUUUUUCAAGGAGGAAUUUACUUAGGAUGCCAAUUUGGAUUAGUCGCUAUGAUUAUCUGGGGUAUUGGAUUGUUUGCGGCCGGCCAAUCUUCAACCAUGACUGGGACGUAUACAGGGCAAUUUGUUAUGGAAGGAUUUGUCAAGAUCCAAUGGCCAAAAUGGAAGAGAGUUCUUAUCACUCGGUCGAUUGCUAUCACACCAACUCUGAUCCUCUGCAUCAAAGCAAACGGAAUCAAAAACUUGACAGGAAUGAACGACUUUUUGAAUUGUGUCCAAAUGGUGCAACUUCCAUUUGCUCUCAUCCCAAUGAUCACUUUCACAUCAAGUGAAAGGAUUAUGCACAAUUUUAGGAAUUCCAAAGGAACUCAAUACUUUUCUAUCAUUUGCGGUGUAGUCACGAUUGGAGUUAACAUAUACUUCAUCGUCCAAACCAUUGAACAGUACUUGGGUACCCAGUGGUACAUUUUUGUUAUCAUGGCACCGGUCACAAUUUUAUAUCUCUUUUUUAUUGCUUACUUGACGAUUUACUGCCUUGUGGAAUGUGAAAUCAUUGAUUAUUGGAAGGUAACCUAUUCAAAUCACCUAUUGAAACUGACGAAAGCGAUUUUUCAGGACAUUCCUGGUUUUGAUUUCAUCGCACACUAA